GUGCACUGUAGCUCGCUCAUUAAUAUUGAAAAUAAUUGUAAAAGCGGGAUUUUAAUACAGUUUUCUAGUGCGGCCCGCGCUUCAAUAUGAAACCAAGCAGUAAACGUUAAAACGCCGCCGCGUCAAAUUAAAGAAACAAACUUUAAACCGGAAGAGUAGCGGUUGUUUUAUUAAUAUACAAAAUGUGCAUAAAACAAGUGAAGUUGUGAGAACUGUGUUAACAAUUUAAAGCCAAAAUAAAUAUAUUAGGAAGUACAGCGUCCAAGGCGCCAAACCCAGAACCAGUGUUCCAUCAUUUUCUUAAUGUGCUGAAAAAUGACACGAAUUCAAAAAAAUAAAUAAAUGCAAAUGCAACAUACAACGAAUGACCGUAUAUUAACUAAAAAUUAACAAUCGUUGUGAACGAGCAAAAGACGUAUAGCAAGAAAAUUACCCACAUCGACACCAACAACAACAACGAGAGUAAAGGAAGUCCGUACGUUGACAAGGAAGCGCGUAGAGGCUGGAGCGACACAGACAACAACCGCAAAAAGCCAGCACACUCAAAUUAUCUCUUUUAGAAACACAGUUAUGUUUGUAAUGGCUGACAAUGUAAUGUGGCACAGUGUUGAAAACCGUAUUUGUAAUUUGAAUGCGCGCCAUAUGAAUUUAUUAGCAACCAAGGCCAACAAAGCUGGCGAAGUAAACGACGAAAGCAUUUCUGGUUAUGCAUUAGGCCCCCAAGGGUUUGGGGGCACGACGCCGCAACAGCAGCGGCAGCAACAUGACAAAAGUGAAGUAGUGUUGUGAAAUGGGAAAAUCAUAUAAUUCAGUAGCAGCAGCGACAACGACGUCAGAAACUACAACCAGAUUAAGAAAACUUGGCACCAGUUAAAAGCCUUUACGUACUUGUAACUCUAUAUAUACAAUUUACAAUUAGUUUGUGAACAAUAAAAUACAACGUGAAUAAUAUAACAGCAAUAAUAAAAUAGCGCGAAGUCGUCACCUUGCAGCGUCAUGCCCAUGUCUACGCAUGAGACCGUGUUCGUUGAGCCGGUCGUUAGCAGCAGCGGCGGCUCCGGAAACAACAACAGCAGUCGCAUCAUUAAUGCGCCACCGCCUCCUCACAUUGUCAUCGAUGGCAGCACGUUGGGCACGCAGGCGCACAUGCAGCGUUACAUGCAGAGGCGCAUGUCCAUAAGCACACGUCAAAUACUCAGUGCCAGUCACCAGCAGCAGAUCAGCGGCACCGCAGCUGCAGCAGCAGCAGCCUCACAAAAGUACGCCGUGCGUACGACACAGCAACAGCAGGCGCCGGCGUCCAGCAGCCAUGAGCAACAGCAGCUGCUCAACCCACAGAUCUACAAGAUUGUCACCACCGAUGGCAAUACGAGCAACGUUAUUAUCGAUACGUCGUCUGCAACACCGCCGCAAAAUUCCAAACUGUUGUUCAGUAAUCUCACUGUGUUGUCCAAACAGGCGCCGUCCUCGCCCCAGCAGGCGGCGCAGCAGCAGCUCAACUAUUUGAGUGCUAAGAACUUGCCCUAUGUGACGGCCACAGCAACACCAUCAAAGCAACAACAGCAGCAAAAGUUUGUCGGCACUAAUAAUGUUGCAACCUAUAAAGCAACGACGGCCAAGCAAUUUACAGCAGCCGGCUACGUGCAACAGUCAACGACGACUCCGACGACAUCUACGACGCCGUUACUACAGAAAGUGACUUUAGGCUCACGGGUGGUCACGCGUCUUCAAUCGUAUGUUCCGCCUACGCAGCAGCAACAACAACCACAACAGCAGCAAUCGUCUCAAAUAAUUGUGCAGCCAACGACGCAGAAAUAUGUGACCACAAGUCGAGCGCCUCCAACGAAUACUGGGCUGCUCAAGAAGGCCAAUCAGAAAAUAACAGUCAAAAGUGUUGGGAACAUGUUGCAGCAGCAACAGUUGCAGACGCAGCAGUUGCAGUCGCAACAGCUCAAGACGUUUAUUUCACAGCAGCAGCAGCAGCAACAUGGGUCAGCAACAACAACGACGACGCCGUAUAAAGCAGCACACACAGUUGGCAUAAAAUCCAAAUUUGUUAAGCAAUACAACAGUAACAGCAGCAACAACAAUAGUGGUGUCAGCUCCGGUGCUUUAUCCAUAUCUGCGCUAACACCACAGCAGCAACAGCAAGCGGGCAUCGUCUAUGGCAAGCAGCAACACCAACAAACAUCCACUUUGACAGCCACCAAGGUGACCAAAUUGGGUAACAAAUACGUGUUGCACCAACAACAGCAGCCUUUGCAACAACUGGCUGCCAAUUUGCCACAGGGUACGCAGCUGCAACAUAAGCUAACAGUAACGUCUCAGGCGCAACAUGUUGCAAAUAGCGGCGGAAACUACUUGCAGACUACUAGUGCUAAUGGAGGUGUUGCUGGUAGUGGUGGAAGUACCAUCAAGUUUGUAAACUCACAUGGUACUGUCAUCCAACAACAUCAGCCCACGACCACACAAAAGCGCACACACUACAAUAGCAGCGGUAGCUGCAGCAGCGAUAGUGACAAUCUGCAACAGCAACAGUCCUCGCUCAUCACCGAUGACGUUAUGAUUGUGAAUGGCACACAAAUGACAGAUGAGCUUUCGGCACGCAUAUUGCAAAGCAUGGCUCAGAAAUCGUUUAGCCAACGAUACCAGCAGCAGCAACAACAUCACACAAAUAUGCCGCCACCCGCACCGCAAACGACACCCACACAAAUUGUGUAUAGCACCAGUGGUGCGACAACCACCAGCACUUCGCUGCCAACAAAUGUCCUGCUUGCCCAUUACCAAACUCAGCAGCAGGCGGGAGCAACCUUGUCGCCCAACACAUCGCCUUCCUCAUCGUCAUUUCUGACGGUGGCUCAGUCUACAGCCGGCGUACAAGUUCCUGUAGUCAGCACACCGUCGGUGAGCAUCUCAUCGCAUGGCUUCGCCAGUGGAAGUGCUGCUAUUUCCUCGUAUAUUUCGGCCACAGCGGCCCGGAGGCAGUCGGUUAGUGCACCCACUAGUCGGGCGACAUCAAUGGAGCGCAAGUUACAGCAUGAGCUGACAACUGUCUCACGUAAACAACCCGUUGUCGAGUAUUUCAAACACAGCAACAGCAAUAAUCUCUCGCAUACCGGCAGCUUGAGCAAUGUGAGCGGCAUACGUAGCACGUCUCACUUGAUGCCACUUAGCGUGUCGUUGGCGACGCCACAAUUGGAACAACAGGCUUUGGUGCAAAUAAAAGCAAAUCUGUCCGCUCAACAGCAACAACACCAACAGCAACAACAGCAACAGCCAACGGCGCAACAAUUGAGUGCAAAUGAUGAAGAGUUAUAUAUUGAGGAAGUGCGACCAGUGCCCGUGAAAACGCAGGACAUGCGGGUUCAGCAAUUGCACGCCAUUAUGCAGGAUCAUACAUAUUGCUCCCAACAGAUGCAGCAGCAGUCGGCAAACUCUGCUCAGCAGCAGCAACAACAACAAUGGUCAUUGGGAGGCAUCGGAGUAGCAGUUGCAGGCGCCACAACGCCUACGACGCCAGGAUACAACGCUGGCUACUAUGGGCAACAAAUACCACGCCACGCUCAGGAUGAUGAUGCUCAUUCGGCCAUUAGCACUAGCUCGCGUUUGGCUAGCGGCGAAAUAGAUCCCGGCGAGGAAACGGAAACUGCGCCGGAAGCAGAGGCAGAGGAUGAUUCAGUGACCCGUUGCAUAUGUGAUUUGACGCAUGAUGAUGGGUAUAUGAUUUGCUGCGACAAGUGCUCUGCUUGGCAACAUGUGGACUGUAUGGGUAUCGAUCGCCAAAAUAUACCGGAAGAGUAUUUAUGUGAGUUAUGUCAGCCAAGGGCUGUGGAUAAGGCUAGAGCACGUGCACUGCAACGACAAAAGCGCAAGGAACAAAUGCUUCUGGUGGCUACCCAUGCGGCCAAUGGAGUUGCCGCCGCAGCGGGCACUGCAGGCAGCGCCGUUGCCCCGGGUGGUGCAAGUGGCGGUAAUGUAGUUAUUAGCCAGGAACUGUUGCAACAGCAGCAGCGCUUGGCCGCUUUAAAUGGCGGCUAUGCCUCCGGCAUGCCAGCUACGAUGGGCAGCAAGAAGAACAGCAAGGUGCACAAGAAAACCAAAGAAACGGGCGCAGCAACGGCAGGUGGAGCUGCUGGUGGCAGCAAGAAGUCCAAGAAAAGCGGUGGUGACAAGACCACAACACCAGGCUCGAGCAGCACUUCUGCCACCAAGUCAGGCAAGAAGACUACUAAGCGUAAGAGCAAAUCAAGCGGUGAGAAUGGGGGAAGUCCUGCUCUAACGGCAGCUGAGAAGCAUGCAGCAAACUUGCGUCAAUGGAUUGAGAACUACGAGUACGCGGUAACAAAUCACUAUUCGCCAGAGCUGCGAGCCCGCCUGCAUGCCAUACAAAAGCAGCCCAGUCUGCUGCAGAGCAUCCAGAAUACGGAGAAUAAGGCAUUGCGCAAUUGCAGCAGCAACGGAGAACUGGAGCGCCGGGCUCAGCUCAUUCCCUAUGCGGGUGCCAAGGUGCUUAUCUCGAGCGUGGAUCUAGCCCCGCACUCGCCUAUCCAUGAGUUGCGUGGCAAGUAUAUGCUGACCACACAAUUCCGCACUCAGAAUCCCACGGUGAAUAUGAAUACUCCGCCGCCUAGCAAUUAUCUGAACAGCUUCAAGGCCCACAAGAUACCCGGACAGUUUAUAUUCUUUUAUCAGCUGCCGGGCGUGGAGGCACCCAUGCAAACGCUGCGGGCUGAUGGCAGCACCCCGUCGGCACCAAUGCAAACCCCCGCCUAUUUGAAGGGACCGGAGGUGUGCGUCGAUACGCGGACUUACGGCAAUGAUGCACGCUUCGUGCGUCGCUCGUGUCGCCCCAACGCCGAGCUCCAGCACUACUUCGAGAAGGGUACGUUGCACCUAUAUAUUGUGGCCUUGACGCACAUACGCGCCCAAACGGAGAUUACAGUGCGACACGAGCCACAUGAUUUGGCAGCCGUUGAACAUAAGAAAACGCUGGCCACAGUGGUUCAACCGACCAGCACGCGUUGUGCCUGUGAUUUGGGCAGUGAUUGCCUCUUCGCCUUGCCCCUCGCCAUACAGCAACAGUUACAAGCACCACCCGCUCAGCCCCGCAGCAGCCAUCGGAAUAAGGCCGCCGCCAAUCUGGCAGCAGCGAAUAGUGCUGCAGCCAUACAACUAACCAUGGGGUUGCAGCAACCAUCCUCAAUGCAGGUGUCGGCUCGUAAUCGUUCUACUUCCUCUAGUGGGGAGAGUAGCAAUAUGGGUCUCAACAGUCCGCAGCUGUCGCAAUUGAACUUGGGGUUCAAGCCGGCCACCGUCAACGUAAAUACCAAUGCUGGUAUCGUGGUUCCUGCUGCUAGCACAUUGCCCAGCAACAAUGGUAACAACAACAUGUUGCCUGUGUUGUGCAAUAACAAUAGUUUGAGCAAUACCUCUUCAUCGUUGUCCAGUGUGCUGCACGACUCUGGCAUCUGCACCUCAUCCUCAUCACCAUCGGUGUCCAUACCUUCUCCCACGCCCCAAUUGCAAUCGCCUACACUCCAAACGUCGCUCUUGCAACGCAGUCCAACCCAGCAGCAGCAGAAUACUGAGCAGCAACAACAGAUCUUGGCAGCAUUGCCUACACCUAUGUUGUUGUCACCACAUCAGCAGACAGUAAUGUUGCAACAGCAGCAACAGCAACAGCCUUUAGCGGUAAUUGCUGCCGCAGCAGCUGCCCAGCGUCCUAUGGCCAUGUCGCCACAGCAACAACAGACCUACUACCUACAACAACAGCAGCUUGCGGAUGAGGCGCGUAUGGCAGUUAGCGCUUUGCAGACUCUACAUGCCGCGCCACAUAUUGUGACGCCCAUUAAGAUGCCAACACAGCAACAAGUGCAGCAGCAACAACAACAAGAGCAGCAACAACAACAAGUACAGCAGAAACAACAACUACAGAAUCAACAACAAGCACAGCAGCAACAACAAGCACAGCAGCAGCAACAAGUACAACCACAACAGGCACAGACGCAACAAGUACAGCAACAACAAACACAAAUGCAGCAACAGCCGCCACAAGCUCAGCAGCAACCACAACCAACAAAGCCAUCUGAGCAGUCACAGCAGUCUCAGGCAAUUUAUCAAGGAACAGCGAAACCUAAUGCGCCGCCGGCGCCUUUGCCAAUUCCGGCAACCACGGCUGUAACGCCCAUUAAAACACCGCAGAAGGCGCCACAGAACAACAACAAUAGCAACAGCAGUAAUAAUAACUCCAUUAAUAAUGUUGCACACAAUGCGAACUCGUCACGUAAAACGCCAGCUAAACAGUCGGCUAAUGCGCGCAGAAAUAGUGAGGAUGGCAAGGAUGAUGAGGAAACUGUAUCCACUCCAAAUGCAAGCAAAACAUCUGCUAAGGAUAAGCCAAAACAGUCGCGAGAGGAUCGCAAACUGGAAGCCAUACUGCGUGCCAUCGAGAAAAUGGAGAAACAAGAGGCACGUGGCAAGAAGGAAAACAGCAGACAGACAAAGCGUCAGAAUAGCAACUCGCCGGCAUCGCCCAGUAAACGAGCUUCGAACUCGGUCAGUGAAGACACCGAACAUCCCAAUUUGAGUAUCGUAGGCACACCAACCACAUCUAAUACAACGGCGACUGCAGCGGCCAAUGCGCGUCGGAAUAAGAAGAAACGCAAGGCUAGUCGCUCGUACAACAAUACUGGUAGUGGAGGUAUCACAGCCGCUCAACGCAAGCGACGCAAGAGCAUGUUGCUCAGCUCAUCUGCUGAAGUGGCAGCCGCUGAAUCGGACGGUGAAUCACACACCCUAACCACCUCAGAGUCAGAGGCUACAUCCAUGCAGUCACCACCGCAAACACAGCAAUCACGUUUGCCAUCGUCCAUGACCUCUUCAAGUCUGAGUCACCAGCAUACAGAUCAGGCGGCUGGUCUAUUGCUAGCGUUGGCUCAAAAUUCCGAGCAAUCAGAUAAAUAUCAGAUGGCUUUUAAGUCACCACAACCUCAGGUCACGCCUCCCACAUCGGUCAGUUCGGCCUGUAUGCUCAUCGAGGCGGCUAUGGGACCACUGGAGCAACAUCCCUCACCGCAAUCCGGCGAGUUCAAGUACCCUAGUGUAGGUGGUUCUGCAACAGGUGGUGCUGCUGGUGCCAAGACUAAGAAGAUGCUCAUGUCCAAUUGGUUUCAGUCAGAGAACGCCUCCACGGAUCAGUCGCACAGCUCCGGUCUAGACAGUCUUGUGCAGGCGGCAAUGAGCGAAAUUAAUGUUGCUCAGCAGCAGCGUGCGGCACAAGCUGCAAUGGCUCCCGAGCUUAGUUUUGCGGCACUUAAAGUGGAGCAUUUCAUACAUCAGGCCGAGGCAACGUCCGCACCACGAGAGCAACUACAGUUGCCGCUUCAAAACAAUUCAUCAGUAAAGAAACGUUGGCUACGACAGGCCAUCAGUGAGGAAACAACGGACGAUGGUGGACAGGCACAAACGCCGCCAUCGUCUCAUUGUGGCACCCCAUUAACACCAACCGCUUCACCACAGGGCACACAACUGCCGCAACAACAACAAUUGCCCAAUGGUUUUAGCACACCAUUGAAAAAGCGUCGUCUUGUGGUAGUCAGCAACGGCAGCAACAACGAGGAUGAUGCGAAUGCCCUUGUCGAGGAUGCACACAUCGAUGUGAUAGGCGGUGCAGAUGAAGAUGUCAAACCAAAGCUGGAGCAGGCGCACAAAGUGGAUGCAGUAAGGCAAUUGGAGCAGCACCCACACCUGAUGGAUCAGGACGAUGACGUGGACAUAUUGCGCUCACCCAGUCCAGGCACCCAUCAAAUUGUGGCCGAGGAUAAUCUGGUGAAGAUUGAACCCGAAGAUACGAGCGCAGCGGCGGAUGAUGUCAAGAUCGAUGUGGAGCGCGAGGAGAGUCAGGCCUGUGAUAAGUUUGAGGAAAUGCUCAAAGUAAAACAGGAGGCAGACUUGGCAGAAGAAACGGCCAAAAUGGACCCAAAAAUAGAAGAGAAACCACAGGUCAGUAGCUUGGACAGCGAGCUUGUGGUCGAGCCCGCUAAAUUGGAACCACAGCAGGCGCAGAAGCAGCCGACCGAGCCCAAGCCAGGUGAGUCCUUGUUGCGCAAUGCGGCGCAUAAGGCAGUGGCCUUGGUCACUCCCACAACCAUACCGGUUCCGCAACAGCCGGUUGAGGAAUCAGUGAAGCCAGCGCUUAAAUCGCGUGUGACGCCAGUCAAAGCUGAAUCGACAGACACUAAUGAUGAGCCGCUCAAGAAGAAGCCAAAGCUGGAGGUAACAACACAUCCAACAGCCGCUACCCCACUUGUUGUAACUGCCUCCACAGCUACAACUACCACAGAAGCUAUUCCAGUAGUUGCUGCAAACAACAGUAGCAGCAGCAGUAAAAACCUUACCGAACAUGAUCUGCAGGAACGCCUACACUCCUUCCAUGCUGCCAACAUAUCGUAUUUGCAGUCGCGCAAUAAAAAGGCAUCGUCUAAGAGCGGCGGCAGUAGCCAGAGUCAUAGUGAUGGUGGCGAUCCACUGCCGAAUAGUGGCAGUCCGACAAAAGUGAAGAAGGAGACCAAAGAAAAGGAACGUGAACGCGACAAACAGAUGAAGAAAUCGAAAAAGGAUAAGAAAAAGUCUAAGGAUAAGGAUAAGAAGAAAGCGGCAGGCAGUGAAAACAUUUCGACCUCCUCGUCCAAGAAGAAAAAGGAGAGCAAAAAUGUUGUCUCUGGACCUGUACCAGGUGCCGCCACAGCAAUAACAGCUGCCCCAGCACCAGCUAUCGUGAACAAAACAGCCAAUGGGAAGACAAAGAAUAGUGAAAACAACGGCAACAGUAAUAACACAAACAUCAUUGAGCACAACAAUACGCUUCGACGUCGCACCAUGUCCAUGUGCGUGCCACUAACAUCAGCAGUUGCUCCCGUUGCCACACCAUCGGUUACACCGCCUACAACUCCAGCAAUCAAAAAGCGGCAGACGAAUUUCGAACAGGAGCUGACCAAACCGAACAGUCAAAUACUUAUCAACAGUCUAUUGAACAACAGCGCCAAAUCCUUGCAGCUGCAACAGACGCUACUGCCACCCACACAAGCACAGCAACAACAUCGCAAGGAGAAUCAUCGCUUGGAGGAUCACAGCACAACCAGUUUGGCGGCCGCCAUUGCCAGUGGCAAGCUUACGGCCAUAACGCGACGUCGCGAAUCAAUGUGUGGCAGUCGGCAGCAGGCAGUUAUUGCGGCGGCUAUUAAAAAGGAAAAGAAGGAGAAGAAGAAGAGCAAGAAGAAGGAGCGUGAGAAGCAGAAGGAAAGCAAGCAGCAGGAGGGCAGCAGCAAGCACAUCAAGCCUACAGUAGCACCAGUGGCGCCAGUAGUGGCUCUAGUUAAUAACACCAAUAACAUUACCGCCGCUUACAAUCAAAAGCCUGUGGCUGUCAACCCAAUAAUAGCGCCCACAACACCAGGUACCAUUAUGCCCCCCACUCACUACAACAAUGUGGCAGCUAAAAUGCAGCCACCCAACAGCUAUAACAAUAGCUUUGGUCAACAGAUGACGCCUCCACCACCCAAAGUAUUGCCCGUGACGGCCGCACCUAUACCCGUGCUGAUCACUCAACCACAAUCCCAGGUGGUAGCACCGAAGAUGUCCCUACCCUACUACAAUACCAUUUAUGGCAAGCUGCAGGAGCGUGGAGGAGUCCCGGUAGCAGCCGAGUCACAGAUCGCGCCUCCAUUGGGCGUAACCAAAAUGUCAAGCAUUCCCAGUCUGGCCGAGUAUUUGGAGGCGACCAAAUCGCGUGGGGGUCUAGCUACGAUGGUUGCCAAUGCAGCCACACCGACAACACCCACCUUGGGCACUCCCUACAAGCGUGAUUUGCCGACCACACCCACCGCCCUGGACAUGCCACCGCCUACGACCACACCCCUCAAAAUAUACACACGCACAGCCAGUCACGAUCCGCGCUUGAAUCCCAUGCUGACUGUGCCUGAGCCUACGCCCAUGCCAAAGCGUAAGCUGUCCAUUAGUGAGUACCGAAUGCGGCAUCGUCCAUCGGUCGAUACAGCACCCUCGCCCAGCACACCGACGACACCCAUGAAGCCGCCAGCUUCUUUGUCCUCGCCAGGUGAUCGUUUUACCAAGCCUCAAAUUCAGACCAUUAACAAAUGCUCGCUGCAGUCACCGGAACGCUUUCAGGCAGCCAUGCGAGAGCGUCGCAAUUCCAUAAGCGUGCACAACAACAACCAUCAUCCGAUGACAGCGUCGGGAGCUGGAGCACCAGCUACUUCCAUUAAAACAGAUCCCCUUAAUGCGGCCGCCACUCUCAGCACCGUAAACAACAUUCUAAGCACAGCUCACAAGCUGCACAUGUUCGAUGACAAACCAAAGGGUGGCCACUUCAAUGCUGCGCCCACGCUGCUCGAGCAGCAGCAAGAAAAAAUGAGUGAGCGUUCGCGUUGCCUCCAGCGCACAAUUUCCUGUGAUUCUCGCGUCAUCGCCGGUACCGUUGUGGAGAAAACACCAAAUGCGUCAGUGGCAAGACGAGAUGGCGUUUAAACCUAUGUAGCAGCGUGAAUUGAUCAAAACAAUCAAAUAACUCUGAGCAGAAGUCAGAAAUCCAAUGUACCCAGUUAUAACGAAUACACUCAAAAUCAGAAAAAUAACAGCAAUAACUUCCAAAUGCAAUCAACCACUAACAACAUCAACAACAACUAGAAAUUGUGAAGCUCUGCUAUUGGAACAAACUAGCUAAUAUUCUCGCUUUCCUUAUUUAUCAGCAGCAACAGCAACAAAACUCCUUAUUAUUGUUUGUGUUUUAAACGCUUAAACUAAUAUGCCUAUAAACGCCAAUGUAGAUACAUAUUGUAUGUAAUCGCAGUUUGAUUGCAAAACACUUUAAUAACAAUCAGUAAUGUACAUUUUAAAUAACAAAAAAAAAAGCAGAAAAACAAAAGAAAAAUACCAGAAUUUUGCUUAGCAAGAAAACGUUCUACUACUUAGUUAAUUAUUAGUCGCGUUUUACAUAACAACAACAACAUAAAUCUAUUAUAUAUAAGUACACAAUGCUAUAUAUAUUUAGAGACCCUACAUAUAUGUAUGUAUGCCUAAAUCUAUUUGAUCGAUGCAAAAUUGAAUUUAA